GAAUCUAGGGAAGGGAACCAUCAGUGAAUGAGCUUUGUCUUCACAAUGAGCCAUGUAUUAUCACCAUCCUCCUCAUCCUCAUAUAACCCCUCUAAACCACAACAUGAGCGACGGCCGGCGAGUGUCAGGAGGCGCCAUGUACGAUCCCGCCCGCGACGCCUGGGCUGACCGCGACGCCUGGGCUGACCGCGACGCCGACGCGGGCUCUUGGCCUCAGCGCCGCAGUGUGGACCAGCAGGCCCAGUCGCACUCGCCGCCAGCGCCAGCACAAGCUCCUCGUCCUGUUUCUCCGGUGCAUGCUGUGCCUAUUCCUAGUCCUGGACUGUCUUCCUAUGACAUAGGACCGCCUGUGACACCAGCUGCGCAAGAAAUCUCUACUGCUGUGCCAAAACAGCCACCGCAUCGUCACGUCUCUACGGAACAAACAGGAACCCCGGAACCCGAUAAAGAUAUCACUCAGUCCUCCAAGCCUACCAAGAAGAAAGGAAAACGUCCAGCUACCAAAGCAAUGGACAGUCCCGACGCCUCUAGACCGGCCUCCGAAGCCACCGACUUCAUCGCCAGCCCAUCCGACCCAAACGGCGACAAGAAGAGAAAGCUAGGUGAAGAAAAAUCAGAGGACCCAAAACCAGGCUCAGACCGCCCAGUAUCCAAGCGCAAGCGUCUCGAAGAACGACACCAGAAGCUACGCAAACGUGGCCGGACACCACCCUCUGCUUACGCACGACGCGAUGCGGACGAGAACUCGGCCCGCAGUCGUGAUACCCCGAAAGAUCGCUCGCCUUCGCCGCCUCCGAGAGCGCCUACCCCUGAAGCGCAAGCGCGGCAGCGUAAGAGGCCGGGUGGUGGUGCGAGGAUGGGGCUUGUUGAUCGUGAGACGAUGCGGCGGCGACAGGAGGAGCGUGAGCGUGCUCAAGAGCAGGAUGCUUUGCGGACGUCUCAUGAUCGUGGGAUGGCAGAUGUUGUCCGUCAGCAUUACAAUACGGUGCCGCAGCGAGGAAAGGAAUGGCGGAAGACGGAGAGUAAGAUUAAGGGUCUGCGGAGCUUCAACAACUGGAUCAAGAGUACUUUAAUCCAGAAGUUCUCUCCGGACGAAGAGUUUAUAUCACGUUACAAUGAUGCCAAAGACUGGGCGGAAGGCACCGGGCCAAUGCCAAUGGAUGAAAAACGUCUUCUAGUGGUCGACUUGGGCUGCGGCAAAGGAGGCGAUUUGGGCAAAUGGCAGCAGGCCCCGCAGCCAGUGGACCUCUACGUUGGUCUUGACCCAGCGGAUAUUUCUGUUGAGCAGGCUCGUGACCGUUACAAUUCGAUGAGGAAUGGCCGCGGUCCGCGUGGACGUCGCGGCCCACUGUUUCAUGGCGAGUUCAUUCCCAAAGACUGCUUCGGGGAGUACCUGGGCGAUAUCCCCAUUAUCCAGCAGGUUGGCAUUGAUCCAAACGCAGGCCCAGGAGGUUCGGUCAUGAGCUCGCGAUGGGGCGGCGGUGGUUUCGACGUAGUCGCAUCAAUGUUCGCGAUCCACUACGCAUUCGAGAGCGAAGAAAAAGCGCGCCAGAUGCUUCGCAACGUCGCCGGGUUGUUGAGAAAGGGUGGUCGGUUCUUGGGCGUGUGUCCCAAUUCGGACGUCAUCAGCACACAGGUGGCCCGAUACAACACGAAGCGCAAGGAUCGUGAAGCAGACAAGCAGGAGAAACCAGAAGACCCUGAAGAUGGCGAGGUGGAAGAGGAUGACAACAAACCGGCGUGGGGAAACAGUAUAUACCAAGUCCGAUUUCCUGGCCCUGCGCCUGAUGAUGGUGUCUUCCGGCCGCCGUUUGGAUGGAGAUACACUUAUUUCAUGGAAGAAGCGGUGGAGGGGAUUCCGGAAUACGUUGUGCCUUGGGAAGCUUUUCGAGCUCUGACCGAGGAUUACAACCUCGAACUCUCCUACCGCAAGCCAUUCCUAGACAUCUGGAAGGACGAACAGAACGAUCCUGAAUUGAGACCACUCAGCGAACGCAUGGGAGUGCGGGAUCGAGAAACUGGUGCUCUGCUGAUGACGGAGGAGGAGAAGGAAGCAGCUAGUUUUUAUCACGCAUUCUGCUUCUACAAGGUUUAGCCCCAGCAUGUUGAUAGACAAUCGAGUACUAUAUCAAGUUUGGCC